UACGCAAACUACGCAGAACUUUUCUGCGCAAGCGUAACUCCAAACUCGCAGCUCACGGUCUUCUCCGCUGAGCAAUGUGAUAUUGAAACUGUUGUAACGUACAUCUGCUUUUUACCGGCAUUUUCCCAGCGCCUUUAACACAUAUUAACUGCUUGAAACGUCAAUACGCAGUUUCAGACACUGGAAAACGAAACAAUAGUGUCUGCGUGUGGAGUCACAGAAAGAGCCAGAAUCAUGAUGAAGAUCAGUCCUCAUUCACUCUUUCUCUUCGGUCCUUAACAAACAGACAGCACAACGGCCAUAGAGGAGGUUAAAAGGAGGGAGUUGAGCUCUUCCUCUGUGCAAACUUCAUCAUCAUCCUCUGCAAUGGAAGUUGCCCUGCGGCAGCAGAAAUAGUGAAAAAAAGAGAGAUGCAAGAGAAAAAGGACCAUCAGCCCAAAUCUGCCAGCAGCCUGGGAAAGGCUCAUCCUGCCCUGAAGGCCUUCAUGUGCGGCUCUCUCAGCGGCACCUGCUCCACUCUGCUCUUCCAGCCGCUGGAUCUGGUGAAGACAAGACUACAGACCUUGCAGAAUAACAUGCACCCAGGUGCUCCGAAAGUGGGGAUGAUUACAGUCCUUUUCAACGUGAUCCGCACAGAAAAGCUGCUUGGUCUGUGGAAGGGGGUUUCACCAUCAUUCAUGCGCUGUAUCCCUGGUGUAGGAAUCUACUUCAGCACAUUUUACUCACUGAAGCAGCAUUAUUUCCAGGAAGGGUCCCCAAGCGCUGGGGAGGCGGUUUUGCUCGGAGCAGGGGCUCGUUGUGUGGCAGGUGUAGCCAUGCUACCUUUCACAGUCAUUAAGACUCGUUUUGAGAGCGGGAGGUACAAUUACAUAAGUGUAGCUGGAGCUCUCAAAAGUGUGUGCCAGAAUGAGGGUCCCAAGGCUCUUUACUCCGGGCUCACAGCGACUCUGCUCAGAGACGCCCCAUUCUCUGGCAUCUACGUCAUGUUUUAUAGCCAGGCCAAGAAGGCUUUACCACAGGAAAUCAGCUCGUCAUCCAUUGCCCCACUGGUUAAUUUUGGCUGCGGUGUGGUGGCUGGGAUUUUGGCUUCUCUUGCCACUCAGCCAGCAGAUGUGAUCAAAACCCAUAUGCAAGUGAGCCCGGCGCUGUAUCCCAAGACCAGCGACGCCAUGCGCCAUGUUUAUGUUAAGCAUGGCCUGAGUGGGUUCUUCCGCGGGGCAGUUCCUCGUUCUCUGAGGAGAACCCUCAUGGCUGCAAUGGCCUGGACUGUGUACGAGCAGCUGAUGGCACGCAUGGGCCUGAAGUCCUAAAGACCUCCGCUGCACUUCAUGUGUUUAUCAGACUGUGCUUCAAGGGCGUUUCACAUGAUGGCGAUCUGUCGUCUGUGAAGGGUUGAUAAAAACACUAGCAGCUAAUGUUGGCUGAGCUACAGGUAGUGUGUGUGUGUCUGUGUUUUCAAGUGCAGUGAGUGUUUACCCAGUGACACCUCUGACAGUGACAUUCCCCAAUUGCCACAUUGUGAGUUUGUCUGUGUAUUGAGACAGAGGAAAACCAAUGAAAUGCUAAACCAUGUGCCGUUCUUACAAGAAACACUUCUCUCAUAAGAUAACAUGCCCUCCUAUGCAGCGUUUUUAAACCUUGUCAUCCUUUUUUUAUUCGAGGAUGAGGUUUAGCGGGCAUUACAAAAACAUUCUCACAGUACUCCAGCACCCAGACAAUCAAACCCAAUUACUCCAGGGCUGAAAACCGAACUGACACCAACACACACUGCUGUGAAUGAUUAUGCGAGUCUCGAUGCGAUGAUUUGUGCUGUGCUACUGAUCUCCAGUGCUGUAGGACUGGACGGAUUUUUAAGUGUGUUGCAGUGCACUGGGUUUUACUUUCUUGAGCGCUUCUGGGCACAGACAAAGCCAGGAUUUGUACAUAAUAAGACAUUGUAAGAUUUUAGACCUGGAGAAACAUUUCAUAUUUAUUUUAAAAUAAGAGAAGUAGUGCUCUGCUUGGAAUGGAAAGGACUUGUGCACAUAUCAUGGAGACGUGACAGUACUACAUUAGCUGUUCGUGCGUUUGGAUCAUAUUGAUUGACUUUUGUUGCGUUGUGUAGUAAUCAGCGUGCUAAGAUGCCAUCGUAUCGUCAGUGUAAUGUUACCUCUGCAUGACCCAUCAGGGUGAAUUUGAGGAAAUCUGUCAAAAAUGUCUCCGGAUAGUUGUUUAUUCUUAAUAAAUGCAGAACCAGUACAAUAGUUAAGGGAAAUGAGGCCCAUUUGAGAUUAUUUUCAUCGUAUUUAGGAACAUUUUCUCCUUCAAUGCUUCUCGAAUCAAUAAAUUUAGGUGAUUAUAUAUAAUAAUGUGAUUAUAAAUGAAUUAAGGAGAUAUUUAUUGUGUAGAACAUUGUAAUAUUGGUUGUUCUACCCCUAUUUAUUCAGAUUUUUUAACCAUUUUCGAUGUAACUUUUGAGAAAAAACUUAAAAAGCAUUAUAAUGAGAGUUUAAUGGAAAUGUUAUGGGCUAAAUAUUACCUGUCCACAGCCGAUUCGAUCAGCUAAUAUAUAUAGACCUUCUGCACCUACUGGUAGGGUCUGAAGGUUGUUCUCAUCCAAUCACAUGGUUAAUCAGCUAUAGAUCACAUACGACUGAAUUAUACACAUUAAGAAUUAUUUAUAUUAUUUAUUAAAUUUCCCAUUAUUGUAUUUUAUUAGCGUUUACCUCUACCCCAACCCUAAACCCAACCAUCACAGUAAAGUAAAAACAGAUCUGGAUCUGGAGUCUUCUCCAUUAGUAUAGCUGAUUAACCAUGUGGAUGGAUAGUAACAGCUUUCUAAGCCUACUAGUAGGCACAGAAGGCCCCUACUGGCCCAUAUCUAUCAGCUGAUAACGGCAAUUCAAUCAAGUGAUAACAUUUGAAGCGGAUGCUGGGCAUGCUUUUUAUGAAAUUCACCCUUUUCUCUUGGUGAUAGUUCCUUGCAUUUUGGAUAGUAACAGCUUUCUCAGACUACCAGUAGGCACAGAAGGCCUCUACUGGCCCAUAUCUAUCAGCUGAUAACGCCCAUUCAAUUGAGUGAUAACAUUUGAAGCUGAUGCUGGGCAUGAUUUCAUGAAAUUCACCCUUUUCUCUUUCUCUUAGUGAUAGUUCUUUGCAUUUUGGAUAGUAACAACUUUCUGAGACUACUACUAGGCACAGAAGGCCCCUACUGGCCCAUAUCUAUCAUCUGAUAACGCCCAUUCAAUCGAGUGAUUACAUUCGAAGCAGGUGCUGGGCAUGAUUUCAUGAAAUUCACCCUUUUCUCUGUCUCUUGGUGAUACUUGUGAAUAUAGUUUGCUUUUUGCCACUUAAAUACACUAAGGGUUCAUGCUGUGCACAAUUUUGAUCCCAGUAAAACUUAAAUGUUUUUGUUUUUCUGCAGAUACCAUAAUCAUAUUUCAUCAAGUGUGUUUGACCAUUUAAAUUCAAUAAGUUGAUGUGCUCAGCUCGUUAUAAUAACAAAUUAAAUUCCAUUAACUGUUUUAAAAUGUCUAGAAUCGCAUUGGCUUGUCCCAGAUUAUAUACGGCAAAAUCAAUUUAAUACCUAUAUUAAGAUUAUCAAAGACUCGUGGAGCCAAAUGAUACACUAGUUUAUGUCAAGUUUUGAAUCUACAUGUAAAUAGUUUGUCAAAGCACUUUAAAAGUCAGUGAAGUCGAUUGAAUCGGGCCUGUUUGGGUGUGUGUGUGUGUGUGUGUGUGUGUUGGUCAAAUGUUGCUAUAUAAGCCAUUGUGCUCUUGUGCUGUACUGUGGAGAUGUUCUUUGCCUUCACACAAUCAGUAUUGUCUGUAUUUCUUAUGGCCAUUUAUUGUUGGUAUUUUUCUGUAUGUGAGAAUGUUUGCACAUGCAAAUGUCGUGCCUAUGUGAAUAUGUCAAUAAAUCUGCCCCGUUUUCUACAU